CGACCAAGUGCUUGGUAUUGCUGUCUCUCCGUUUCGCGGGCCACUUCAUACCGCAGACAGACCGGCAGGAAAGAAAGAUGGAAUACCGCAAGCAUUACAUUCCUCUCGAAUCGAACCCGCAGCUCUUCACCCAGCUUACUCACGAGCUCGGGCUGUCAACCGCCUUAGCGUUCCAUGACGUAUUGUCGAUCGAGGACGCCGAGCUUCUCGCGCUAGCACCACGUCCCGCGCUGGCCCUCAUCCUCGUCUUCCCUACUUCCCCGACCUACGAGGCCGAUAUCGCCGAGGAGGGCCGAGGAGCCGUUGAAUACACAAAAUGCGGCGAACAAGAGGAUAUUAUGUGGUAUAAGCAGACCAUCAAUAAUGCCUGCGGCCUCUAUGGUAUUCUACAUGCCAUCAGCAACGGGGGUUCGAGGGAUUUUGUCAUUCCCAGCUCCCACCUAGCCGACCUACUUGCGACUUGCGCGCCAUUGCAACCCUUGGAGCGUUCCGCCGUAUUAGAGGAGGACGAGCAGCUGGAAGCGGCGUACAAGACCGUUGCUCUGCAAGGAGACUCAGAGGUACCCGCCAAUCCCGAAGACGAGGUCGAUUUCCAUUACGUCUGCUUCGUCAAAUCUCACAAAAAUGAUCACCUCUACGAGCUAGAUGGCGACAAAAAAGGGCCGGUAGACUGGGGCCUCCUUAGCGAGGUGGAUGACGUCCUUUCCGAGACUGCCCUGUCGGCGGUUCGGACUUUUAUUCAACGGGUAGGGCGCGAUUCGGGCUUCAGUCUACUCGUUCUGGCUCCAGCAUGAAGAAUGGACAACGUGCCGAUUACGGGCCUGAUGAUUCACAUAUGAAAAUGGUCCUGUAAACGUUGAAGUGGAAUGUGUGGGAAAGCAGCCAGUCAUGUGGCCGGGCUUUCUGAAACUUCAAAAGAAUACAAUCAGCGGACGUAAGAGCCACGCCCUUUGAUUUCCAAGCGCUUUUAACAUUGUACGUCGACGCUGUCAAAAAAUUCGUCCGACUCAGAAUCACUUGAAUCAACCUCCAUCUGGGAAACUUUCUGGUUUCGGAAAAUAUCCUGUACUCGUUUGUCAAACCCAGCACCCAACGACAGGGUCUGUCCGGUCUGACCGUCGUCUGUCAAGGCGUCCCAGUUCAAAGCACCACCCGCAAAUCGCACGAGUUCCUCGAUGACCGCGGCGUUGUUCCAGGAUGCGGCGACAUGCAGUGCUGUCCAACCUUCGUGGUCCACGCUGUUUACGUCCGCGCCCGCCUCAAGGAGCAAUUUAACGACGUCUACCAAGUCCCUGCGUGAGCCAGUCGAAGCAGGACAGGCGAUGGCUAGAUUCAACAGAGGCAUCUCCCCG